GUCCCAUCAGCUACUGGAAGCACGGAAUUUGAGCAGUUAUGGUGCGAGCUGCACGAUGGAAUGACACCCAUUCGUGGCCAUGCAUUCAUACAAUUGCGCCGGAGGCUUCUGCAGAAUAGUGCCGAACUAUGGCAGCAGCGAGACAAGUUGCUUGAAGCUUGCCAUGGUGGCAUUCAAGAUGAAGAUUCUUGUGUGUAUCUCGGUGCCAUUCAAGCUUUGUCUGUUCUUGUUGAAAAAGACCUGGAUCAUCUACUUCCAUGGCUAGCAGAACAGCUGUCCUUGGAGCAGCUCUCCGUGGAGGCGCGCCUCAACUUGGGAGAGGUCCUUUUGCGGGUCACUAAAAACAUUGGUGACAUCGCUCCAAAGUACAGGAACUUGCUCCUUAAUAGCUUUUUGUGUGCUGCAAAGCACUCUGACCAAGUCAUCAGAUGUUCAGCAGUAUCUAGUUUGGGUGAAUUGUGUGGGAAACUUGGUUACUCAUUUGUGCCAAUCACACAGGAGAUCCUUAAUUGUCUUCGUGGCCUCACCAGGGAUCCUGAUGCCAUGGUUUGCCAUGCUUCUGUCUUGGCUCUAGGGCGUAUCAUCGAAAGAAUGAGUCAAAAGAUAUUUCAAGUAAUCCCCAAUGAAGUGAAAGACAUCUAUCGAGAUCUGAAGCAUUUGUACUCAACUACGUCCGACAGUGUGACAAAAUUACAAGCGCAGUUGGCUAUUGAAAACCUCAAUGCUGCAACAGAGAAAUUUUUACGCUCCCAACCUCAUAUGGAAAAGCGUAUUCAAAUACUGGAUUUGUGCAACCCCAGUGGAAGCUGAUUAGUUAUGUGCCUUUAAUUAAAUUAUUUAAGUGUCAAUAAACUGCUUGGAAAGAAAA